AUCUAGGUCGAUAUCAAAAUUCAAAAAUUAUCUUUUCUUUCUAAUUAUUUUGUACAUCAUACAUGACUAAUUAAUAGGAUUUCUUGCCAUUUCGUGUGAAACCGCAUUACAGCAUGUCAGAGUCGCUCGUCGUUAAUAUGAAACGACGUCAGUUAAUAUGAAGCGAUCUUCACAAAUUAGCUGCAUCCUCCCGCGUGGAGUAAGGAUCCUUAUGGUACAUCUCGUUCGAUAAGGUUGAACCGGUAUGCAUUCGCGGCGACUCCGAUCGCGUUCGGCGAUCGACGAAACUGGUUUCCCCGGAAUUGGCAUUCGCAAACGGAUUUUUGGUAAGACGCUCUCUCGAAUCUUCGUCGAGUAAUUGCGUCCUCGCACGUCUUUCCUCGAACGUCUCUAUCAGACGAUAACACGAACGCACGGGGAUCGACGGAAUUUCGAGAUCGACAUCCAGGCGACGAGUUCAAGCGGUCGCAAGCGGAAACAGAACGAAUAGUCCCGUGGACGGGAUCGAUCCGGCCGUCGUUGAAACCCGUCAUUUAAUUUUGAUAAGCAAGUCACCGGUAGUUUGAUGAUCGAUCUUUCACGGCUAGUUUCGUUCGGUUUCCAUGAGCGAACAUCGCCGGAGGACUACAUUCUUACGCGUACCAAUCGGCGAUCGCCGGCAAGCGAGACGACUGAUUCGUUGUCGCGUCGUUACUCAUUGUUAAUUACUUAUGCGCGACAGGUAGGUGGUGUGGAUACUCGGAUAAGGUAAGUCCGUCCGGUAGGCACGUCGGAGGUCCAUCCGAGCUGCGGUCCAGCGCUUGAAUAUUUAUACGAUAAUGCGCGAUUAACAUAGCGGACGUGCCUUGGGAGAGCUUCGAUCGCGUAACCGGUCGCCCGGUUUGCUUUACGUGACUGCUGAGUGUCAGGAACCGACUCGGGACUGCAUUUGUACUAGGAAUCCCAGAAGAAUAACGGACAAACGUCCAGUUUUCGAACCUGGUGUCGAGAACGUAAACUUCUCUACGAAAGUAGUUCCUGUUAUCGAUUGAACAGUGUUAUGCUAAGAAUAUGUUAAUCCGUAAAAUUAAAGAAACAAGAUAUUCGUGGCUGGAAUAAAAUUGCGCAUUUUAGAUUUAAAUUACUUGAAAUUAGUGGGGCAACUUACUUUUGCAUAACACCCGCCAAUUGUGCAACGCAACGUAGCAAAUGACACACCGCGCUGCUGUUAUUUACAUCGGCGCGGUAGAAUAACGGCCUCUCCCCUUUUAAAGGGACAGAGCGUAAAAAGGAAAGAAAGAGAGAGAGAGAGAGAGAGAGAGAGAGAGAGAGAGAGAGAGAGAGAGAGACGAGAUUAAAAGAGGACCGAGAGGUACCGCGUGGACCGACCGGUCGUCCGCUGCCCACGUGCGGAUUGAAGGCGAUUUAUCGGCGGAAUAAAUUAAUAAAUUACGCUCCGAGAGUCCGCUCCGAUCGGUCAAUCAAAUAUCCAGAGACGAUGGGGAACGUGUCUUCGGACACCAUCGGGGACUGGUGAGGUAUCGAUAAAAAAUGGGCAAUCCUCCGCGGUUCGGACCUCAGAUCGCGGUGACAAAUCGCGAAGCGCAUAGAAAAAUGCAGGCUACGUAGUUCGACGUAACAGUUGUUGACCCCGUUUAAUUGAACCGUAAAACUGUGCAACGUGCUGGUAGAUAUAAUCGUGAGUGAUGCCAGGGCCUAAUCUUAUCUGGCGGAAGAAUCCGUUUUGUUCGGGACGAACGCGAGGGCGAAAUGUUGGUCUAUAAACACGCGGGAUUAUUCGUACGCGGGACGUCACGUUCUCUCGCCGACGCGGCGGAGCAUCGAUAUCGAAAAUGUAUUACGGAGAUUUACUUGGCGGCGUUAUCAGCGGAAGUCACUGUUCCAGGGUUAUCGGCUUUCCUCCUUCUCGGAAAUACAGUGCGCCCCACUCGAAAGCGAGGCGCACGAGACAGCACAAAUGGACCGCGGCGACAUCAGAUUUAUGGGCGCGGACUGAUUUUCGUCUGACCUGCGUGCUCUCGGCUCGAGACGGAUAAGCAUUCGAGGAGAGAUACUGCAGCCGGAGAACGGUCAAGUGGUCCAUUACGUCCUCUUUUACUCUCUUUUUCCUUCUCGCAUCAACGGGGCGACUUUGCUACUUGCCUGCGUAACAAAGAACUCACCACGAGAACUCGCCGUUAAGGAACGUAAGGGCUAGGGGAAGGAGAAAGAGGAAAAGAGAAAAAAAAAUACGGCGCGGGGUACCGUGCGGGUAUACAGUCGAAGAUGUCACAAUAGUGAGUUGCACCGCGUGACAGCCGUACGCGCCACGCGUUUCUUCCCUCCCACACACACGCAAUUCCUCUCUCUCUCUCUCUCUUUCACGCAAUACGCACCGCCGUCGCUCCUUCUCUUGCCCUUCCCCGCGCCCUCGUCGUCCCCAAGUCCCCCGCCGUGUUGGUGGUGAGCCGGGUCCCAACUCUAACUCCUCGUUCGUUUCUUCCUCUCACCCACUCACUCAGUAAAAAGCUCAACUCGUGGCACUUACGAGCCACGAGAAAAGCUCAGUCGCUCGCGAGCUGCGUUCGAGUGCACAUCUCGGUCCCUCGUGCGAGUGCCACGCGUGUCUCGUCUCGACAUGUGACUCUCUCGCCCUCCGUGAGGCUGCCCGACGUCUUUUUCUUCUUCUUUCUUUCCUUCCUCUUCCCUCCUUCCUUCUCUCUUUCUCUUUUUUUUUUCUCUAUUCACGGUGGAACGCGCUUACGGUGGUGAGAUGAGGUGACCGCGUUACGCAGGGAUUCGGGAGAAGGGUGGUUCACAUACAAGGGUGCACGAAUCUCGAGAAAAUGCGCUGCUCGAUGAUAACGCUGAUGAUAAUGGCGGUCGCGACGAUCCUCGUGCCGGCUGCUGGGAAUCCUUUCCUCGACGCAGCGCAAGAGAUGUCCUGCUGCUCGCUGGCUGCUGGAUCCUGUCGAAAUGUAUGCUCUAAGAUAUCCUUGGUAGUCCUGGGCGCAGAGAUCGAAGCAAGGGAAAACGCCACUCAACGUCUACUGGAGUUUUGUUCCAUGGAGCUGUUGGAUUUUUGGUCCUGCGUGAACACGACGUUAAAUGAGCUUAAAAGGAACGAAAAUUGGACGGGUCGAGGAUGCUGCCGUCUCGCUCAGAAUCCAACAUGUCGUACGACCUGUGCUCUGUCCGGUUCCACAAACGAUUUAAAUGAAUCCUGCCGACCGAGCGACGAACCUGAGUUUUUCUUCUGUCUAGAAAAGCGCGAAGAUGCCGAACGAUGCUGCAGCAAUGUCUCCAAUGACACGUGCAGGGCCAUAUGCAAGGAUAUCUUUUACAAGCCUGGCAAGCAAUCUAGCCUGAAGCUGUACAGCAGCAAGGGUUGCUUUCAUCAGGUCCCUAAGUGCCUGAAGAGCGUAGCCGAAGUGAAGCAUGCCGAGGAUCCAAAGCAGCAUUUGCAUUGUUGUGAAGAAGCGACGACUCCGGUGUGCCUGGACACGUGUCGCAAAACUCUUCACAUCGCGACGACUGACCAGGAGAUCAUGGACGCUCUGGCGGAGAAGUGCAGUCCUGUGUUACCACAAUCGCCAAUGUGGAGUUGCUUGUUGAAAUCGGGCUCGACGAAGCCGACACGAUUACCCCUGGAUGCUGGUAAGCUGGCGUGCUGCACGAAAGCGACGAGGCCCACUUGUCAGAGUUUGUGCUGGCGAGCCUUUCAGGCGGACUGGGAAAUCGCCUGGAAACAACUGGACGCACUGUGCCUCUCAUCCAGUUUAGAAGGUGAACUGAGAAGAUGUCUCGAAGACGCAGAUGACUCCUGCGAGAUGGGCUGUUCCGGGUUGUCUUACUGUGCGCGGUUUAACGACAGACCUACGACUUUGUUUAGAACGUGCACGACUGCGGCCGACGAAGCGGCCAAAUGGGAGGCUGAUCAUUGGUCCCGAGGAGAUAUUAUUCGCGGAUUAGGUGUGCCCGUACGUGUCGCCACUUCCUGUCCGGUAGAGACUCUACGUGCAGUGGCUUGUCUUCUGCAGCUGCGACCUUGUGAAACUAGAAUCCAUGAGACGCGUCUCUGUCGCGAGGAUUGUUUAGAGCUGAUGGCAAGUUGCGUGGACUGGAGCGCGGUCACUGGACCUCACACGGCGGCUACUUUGUGCUCCAAAUUGUCGCCGGGCAGACCGGAUGCGCCAUGCGUCUCGUUAAGACCGUUUCUGAACAAUCCGCAAGAUGACGAAGCUGUGGUCCAUCCCGAUGAGGACAUCACGACACCCUGCAAGCGGAAUCCUUGCCCGCAGGAUCAGCUCUGCGUGCUCCAGCCGAACGGCGCCAAGAUAUAUCGUUGCGUGCCGGCCUGUUCCCUCGGCGAGAUGUCGAAGCAAUUAGUGCCGGUCGGAUCCUGGAUCCAGAUUCCGCGAUUUGAUCAGCAGGGUUGUCUAAACAUCUGCCAAUGCACCACACGCGGUCUGGAAAAGUGUCGCACACUCAAUUGCUUCAACUUUAAAUCUUGUUGGGUGCACGAUCGUUUCAUUCAACACAAGGCCAACUUUUAUCUCGAGUGCAAUCCCUGUCAUUGCUUCGAAGGUGAAUUCACGUGCUCGAAAAGGAGCUGCGGCGAGCUGCGAGCACCGUCUUUACCCUGUGACUGUCCGGCUCAUUACGUUCCGGUCUGCGGCAGGUUGGGCUUUACCUUCGCUUCCGCCUGCUUGGCAAAGUGCGCCGAGUUGUCAGCCACCGAGGUGGAAUUCGGAAGUUGUUCCAGCAGAGAUCCCUGCAUAUCCAAUCCUUGCGAUAGCUCGGAAAGAUGCGUCCGUAGACCCAGAGUCUGCCUGUCUCGUUUGCACAAACCGUGUCGGCAAUACGAAUGUGUGCCAAUAGAUUGUAAUUUGCGCGAUGAGUCCAGCGGACCAGUCUGCGACCGGGAGAAUCGUCAAUAUCCUUCCGUGUGUACAAUGAUCCGAGCUGGAGCUACCCUGAGUUACAGGGGACCUUGUCUAAAAGGGUGCAGCCUUCGAGGUCCGGUAUGCGGCAUCAACGGUGAGGUUUAUGCUAACGAAUGUGCGGCUUGGGCCGAAAGGGUCGUUGUGGAUUACCAAGGGCCUUGCGUCGCUGUCGGUCUCAUAGGAGAUCAGGCAAAACCUCGUUGUAGCGACGCCGUGCAAUGUCCCACCUUAGAGGAACCGUAUUGCAUCGGAGUUACCCCUCCUGGUGCUUGUUGUCCCGUCUGCGGAGGAGCGGCAAGAUUGUUCUACUCGAAGAAACAGCUGGACAGAAUCUAUUACAUGAUGGAUGAAGAAGCCGACAAGGACUCCGUCACCUUAGAGGCUCUCCUGGUCGCUCUAAGUCGCCAAUUACAAGUGGCGCAAUGUGCUGUUCGUGGCAUAAUGACGCCCGAUCGCGAUAUCUUUAUCGUCGUACAGCCCGUUAUCAAGAAGUUGUCGGCGCUGCAAUUGCGAGCUUGCGUAACGGAAACGGAGAAGCUCGUCACUAGAAUUUCGGAGAGAAGUCCUCGCAUCGCGGCCGAAGUUCCUUUAGGUUCGCUGACCAGAGCCGAAAUAGUCCACGGUUACGUUUCUAGUGCCAUGAAAAUUCGUGCUUGGCUCGCGACGGUUAUCGUUACCACUUUCUUGCUAAAUAUUUUAUCCUAAAUUACGAUCACACGCCAAAAGGAAAAUAAGAUCCACUAUAUUCUGACAAAUUCGAAGCAUUUAAAGAUAUAUUUCUUAUUGAUUGCGUGAAAUAUCAGAGAUUUAUUAUCGUCAUCGAAAAGUAGCUGCAAUUAUGAGCGAUUAAUCUGCCUUGUUUCUGGCAUUGAAAGUUUUUACCUAAUCGCGAUGUCAUUCGCGGCGACGAAUGUCUACAGCGUGUCUCGUGUCUGUGAUUCUUCUAGUGCCUUCUAAUAGCGUACUGCAGAAUGUAUUUUUAGUUAUCAAUUAAUAUUGCCAAAGAGGAAAGAGUAUAUAAUGAGAAUGGAUGUACAAAAAUAUAGAAUUUUCUGUGCGCGUAAUCCGUAAUUUCGUUGCGGGUAAUAGAGAAUGCUCAUUAUAAAUUAUAAAUAAAAAGACUCUUCGUUAUAAUUCUUAAGUUAUAUACGUAUAUCAGACUACGUAUUGAUCGAUAUACGUACAAUAGCAUAUCGUGUGUUCAUAUAUGUGAUUUUUAUGCAAAAUUUCAAAGUAUCUUUCAAAGAAACAAUCUUAUUCUCUUGAGUAUUGUUAUUAGUUUUUUUUUAAUUGGUAAAGUCAAUCUCAAUUUUAAUAAGUAUUCAACUGCUAUGAAUGUAUGAUUUUUUUGGUGUAUGCUGCACAAACAUGGUUUUACGCUGUUGAGCGUUUGAAUUUUUAUUAUAGAAUAAAUUAAUACAAUACAACUCUUUAAGGAAACAAUGUGAGUGCUCGCAUUUUAUUUAUGAAUAUGCGAAAACUUGGAUUGCCUGCAGUGGUUUGUGCCAAUGAUAUAAAUAAUGCUCUUACAGACGUUAAGUAUAUUUUGUUAUUAUAUUGUCUGUUAAAGACAGUCAAGUUUUGCAUGUAUAAUAAAUUUCUAAACUUUUACCAUA